UUCCAUUGACCGUUUGCCCAUUAAGAUUUGGCCUUUGCCUUCUCUCUCCCUCUCACUCUCUUUCUAACAUAAAUUUCUCAUUUACCCUUUCUUCUCUUUCUCCAUUAAUUCUUUUUUUUCUUUCUUUCCCUGGGAAACUAUUAUAUUUUCCAAGAAAAACUUAAAGAAAAUCUAUAAAAGAAAGAAGACAUGUUUGAUUUUGGAGACGAUUUGACAAUACAAAGUUACAGAAUCCCAUGGCUGAUAUGGGUCCAGCUCUUGGUGAUGUUACUCCUUAUCCUUCUAAUCUACUGCUUUUUCGCUUUAGAUUCCACCGACAAUAUCGCCGCCAUAUCUGCUUCUUCGUCUUCUUCUCAGUUAGUAUCCGAUGAUACCCAGAUGAAUAAGCCCUUUCCGAAGCAUCAUACAGUUACCACUGUUAUUUCAAAUCGUUUGCAGAAUACCCAGGUUAGGGAAAGACACAGUAUAAAAGGGGAGAUAACACCUGGAACUAGCGGAAGAGUAUUGAGAGGGGAAGACAACCGAGACGGAGAAGAGCCUUCUACAGGAAUCAAUAUAUAUUUACAUCCAUGCCACUAUUUCAGGCUCGCACGAACUGCAUUUCUCAAGUGUCUGGGUUUGGAUAUGGAUUCCACCCCCGAGAACUCAUCAUCAGCCCCGAAAAGAAAGAGGAAAGACCAAUGACAUAACCGUAAUUCCCUUUCCACAGAUUAACAAGAGAAUAUUUCAUGUUCAGUUUGCAGGAAAAAGCUGGCCACUGUUAACAAUUUCUGAGUCUUGUAUGAGGUUGUAAAUGGUGAUGAUAGUCAGAUGACUUCAUGAGAUUGGGAGCCAUUCCAGCAUGCCAUAAGAACAGAAUUCACAAUCUCAAGUACUGCCUCCACCAACUAAUGAAUUCUUUCCAUUGUGAGUGUAAAAAGUUUCCAUUUCGCGUGUAAAAAAAUGACUAACUUUGUGGUAGUGCACUGAUUUAGUCCUAGUAAUCAUUUGAAAUUUUGAUCAAGUGGCAAAGCAUUUAAUCCUGGAAAUGAUGAGACAAUGCCAUUGGAUAUGUUCAUAUGAAUAGCAAUUCUAUACAAAUUAACUAAGGGAAAAACUGAUCAUGAAACCUUUAAUACAGUUAAUAAAGUCACCCAAAACUGAUAUUUGGCUUGA